GAACAGUAGAUGGACAGAUAGGAGAAUGACGGUAGAUGGGUGGAGGGGUGGGCGGGUGAAGGAGGGAGGGGAUGGGUGGACGAGGGAUGGAUGGAUGGAUGAAUGAAUGAAUGGGUGGGUGGAUGGAUGGACGGGUAACUGAUGGGGUAGCUGGAUGGACCGAUGGAGGGGUUGACAGAUGGAGGGAAAGCUGGACGGACGGAUGCUCUGGCAAGGAGCCGUCCUGAACUCUGCUCCUAUCACUUUUGUUUUCCAGGCCGUCCCCAACUGCUCCUGCCCCUGUGUGCCUCUGUGUCUUCGCUGGGUGGCCUGACCUUCGGCUAUGAGCUGGCAGUCAUAUCGGGUGCCCUGCUGCCACUGCAGCUGGACUUCGGGCUGUCCUGCUCGGAGCAGGAGCUCCUGGUGGGCAGCCUGCUCCUGGGGGCUCUCCUCGCCUCCCUGGUGGGCGGCGUCCUCAUCGACCAGUACGGCAGGAAACGGGCCAUCCUUGGGAGCAACUUGGUGCUUUUGGCGGGCAGCCUGAGCCUAGGCCUGGCCGGCUCCCUGGCCUGGCUGGUCCUGGGGCGCUUGGCCGCUGGAUUUGCCAUCUCUCUCUCCUCCAUGGCCUGCUGUAUUUAUGUGUCAGAGCUGGUGGGGCCGCGGCAGCGGGGCGUGCUGGUGUCCCUCUACGAGGCAGGCAUCACCGCGGGCAUCCUGCUCUCCUAUGCACUCAACUACGCCCUGGCUGGCGCCCCCUGGGGAUGGAGGCAUAUGUUCAGCUGGGCCGCUGCACCUGCCCUCCUCCAGUCCCUCAGCCUCCUUUAUCUCCCUGCUGGCCCCGCCGAGACUCCAGCGCCCAAGGACCUCGUUCCUCUCCAGGGAGGUGGGACCUCCAAGCUGGGCCUGGCGAGGCCAAGAUCCUCCCUCCUGGACCUCUUCAGGGCGCGGGAGAACAUGCGAGGCCGGACCGCCGUGGGCUUGGGGCUGGUGAUUUUCCAGCAGCUGACGGGGCAGCCCAAUGUGCUGUCCUACGCCUCCACCAUCUUCCAGGCGGUGGGCUUCCGGGGAGGCUCCUCCGCGGUGCUGGCCUCUGUGGGACUCGGGGCCGUGAAGGUGCUGGCGACCCUGACUGCCAUGGGGCUGGUGGACCGAGCGGGCCGCAGGGCCCUGUUACUGGCCGGCUGUGCCCUCAUGGCCCUGUCGGUCAGUGGCAUAGGCCUUGUCAGCUUUGCCGUGCCCAUGGCCUCCGGCCCAAGCUGCCUGGCCGUGCCCAAUGCCACCAGGCUGUCAGGCCUCCCUGGGGACUCCGGCCUGCCGAGGGCCACGGCUCCCCCUCCACCGCCGACAACCAGUGAGAACCAAGGGAGGCCGGCCCUGUCGACCUCUGAGACGAUCCAGCCUCCUCCCGGAGCUGGGGACCCCACGGCCGCGGCCCUGCCGGCCUUAAGCCCCGCCUCCCCGGCACCCCCUUCUGCCCCAGAGCGUGUCCUGCUGCACUGGGCCGCGCUGGUCUGUAUGAUGGUCUUUGUGAGCGCCUUCUCCUUUGGGUUUGGACCAGUGACCUGGCUCGUCCUCAGCGAGAUCUACCCCGCGGAGAUCCGGGGCAGAGCCUUCGCCUUCUGUAACAGCUUCAACUGGGCCAGCAACCUCCUCGUCAGCCUCUCCUUCCUCGACCUCAUCGGCACUAUCGGCCUGUCCUGGACCUUCCUGCUCUACGGGCUGACCGCUGUCCUCGGCCUGGGCUUCAUCUAUGUAUUUGUCCCCGAAACCAAAGGCCAGUCGCUGGCAGAGAUAGACCAGCUGUUCCAGAGGAGACGGUUCGCCCUGAGCUUUGGCCCCCGGCAGAGCUCUGCUGGCAUCCCAUACACCCGCAUCGAGGUCGCUGCCGCUUCCUGAGGAAUCCGUCUGCCUGGGAAGGUGCUGGAACCAUGGCUUUAGCAGACAGUCUCCAGCUUCCUGCUUGCCUGGCCCCUGGGGCACAAGUUCUAGGUGGUCCUGUAAGAGUCACCCAUGCUUUAGAAGAGGUCUGUUUGGCCCCGGGUGAAAGAGGAGAAAAUUUGAGAACCUAGAAGUCUUCGUUUUGAAUCUCAGGCUCUGAGGGCCCCUGACGAUGUGCCUUCUUGCCUCGGUUUCCCCAUUGUCUCUGCACGUCCCUGCAGGACCUAUAUUGACAACAUCUCAUGGAGUCUCCUUUGCUCCUUGGGCUUUCUCAGAGAACCUCUAAGGAACCAGUCCUGGAAGGAAGUCUCUUCUGGCAUCACCCCCAAAUCCAGAUGAGGAUACACGAUACUCUCAGCUCUCUUUUUCCAGCUGGCUGGGACUUUUUGGUGAGAGUCUGCUUUUGUCAAAAGCAGCUCAGACUGGGUGAUAGGCUGCUUGAGUUCUAGUCCCGCUUCCCUGGUGUCAUCGCGACAUGACCGUGGGCCUCGGUUUCCCGAUAUGUACCAUGGGGGACCUGGACCAAGGAGUUCUUUAAGAUCACAUCCGAUGCCAAUGAGCUGGAAUUCUAAAUGCUGCUAAUUCAACACAGGUCCAGUGUGAGCCCUGCUCUCAAGCUGCCGGCCAUCUCUUCAGGGGAUGUGAGUUUUAAUUAGGGGAAUGGUAAAUAGAAUUCCAGAAUCGUAUGCACUAGAAUCCAAGAGCUGACAUGGUGUGUGAAGCAAGCCCUGGGAGCUGUUUCCAGGAUGGUACAGGACAGCUCUGCGGACAGGAGAUGGGUUUGGAGGCUGACAAGCCUGGAUGCUGGUGUUGCCUCUGUCGCCUUGGGUAACAACUCCCUCUAGCCUCAGUUUCCACAUCUACAGAAUGGGGAUGAUUGGGCCCCCGGGGGUGUAUUUAACCCCUGUCUGACUGCAGGAGGGUCUCCAGCUGGUCCCAUCCAGCUAGUCAGGGCCUGGGGGGGUUUCUCUUCACCCUCAGUUACCGAGGCCCCCACCUUUGAGACACUGUUAAGGGUCAGCCCCUGAGGGGUGAGUCAGAGAUUAAGCAAGGAACUCGGGCCAGAGGUCACCAGAGGAAGGGCCUGGCAAGAGUGAGUGCGGGGGCGCCUGGGUGACUCAGUCGGUUAAGUGUCCGGCUUCAGCUCAGGUCAUGAUGUCAUGGUUCGUGAGUUCAAGCCCCGCAUCGGGCUCUCUGCUGUCAGCACAGAGCCUGCUUCGGAUCCUCUGUCCCCCUCUCUCUCUGCCCCUUCUCUGCUCACACGCAUGCUCUCUCUCUCUCUCUCUCUCAAAAAUAAUAACUUAAAAAAUUAAAAAACAAAAAAGAUGAGUUCCCGGAUGCUGAGGCAAAUGAAAAGCUAACGCAGACCCAGGGCGCUGACGUGGGACGACCUUGGUCAUCUGUGCCUGCUCCGUGGCCACUGGACUCUGGACUCUCGGCUUCUCUCCUCUUGUUCUAGAUGCUUCUCUUGCACCCAGUGGUGUGCGGGAGGCCCCUCAGCCUAGCUUGUGAGAGCCCGUCAUUAAGUUUUUAGGACUCUUGCCAGCUGGUUGUUGAACAAAGCCAUUUAGAGAAAUUAAAUUAUUUAAGCUCACACUUCAAUAAAUUCUAUUAACAACAAAAGUAAUAGAUGCUAAAAACCCAUCACUUCCUUAUCUCGCUACAUCUCGCUCUGCCCUGGAGGUUCCUUGUGUAUCUUACGAGAGACAUGGGGACUUCCCCCCCCCCCCCCGCCAUGCUGCCUGCAGGACGUCACGUGGUCACGCAAAACUGCCCACGUGGGGGGUGUCUUGGCACCGGGGGGUUGGGGGAGCGCUGCCAGUGGGGGCUUGACUUACCGCUUCCUUGGUGUCCCAGGCUUAAGGGCGUGAUGGAUACAAUGUUAGCCAUGCACGUUGCGAGCGCUGUUGCGUCUGUGGCUGACACGUGAGUGGCACGACAAAUUCAGGGAAUAUUCUUCCCGUGUUCGAAGGCUGUUACCCCACACAACAAACACGAUCUGACCCGCAUUUUCAUUGCUUUGCCCUCGUAAACAAAAAUUUCAGCCCGCGUUUCAUGUCGAAACUACACUCGUUCGUUCUUCAGGGCUGUGGGGAGGGGGGGGGGCUCCUCUGUCGCCGGGCGUUUAUUCCUAGUGUGAUCUUGUCAAGUCGUGGCUGCAGGGCAGUGAUCGUUGGCUUUGGAUACAAGAAUUUGGCAAAACGCUCGUGUGGGAAUUAAUUGGCGGGGUAUGGAGUUUGUAAUAAAGAAUAUUUACAACCAGGUGUGAUUAUUGGUGACUUCUGUGCAACAAACACAUCCUUUAGCCCAGUAAAAUGUGCACCCGCUCGCAUCUGUUGUCCUGGAGGGCCGUUCAGAUCCAAAUCUCUCUUCAAGCCUCUCUCAAUUCCCCUUUCCUAUCAGCAUAGAGAAUGCUUUUCCAGUCCUAGACCGGACUGCCCGCUUUUUGGUCAGGGUCAUAAACUCAGUGGAGGGACAGGGACUGUAAAUGAGCAGAACCGGUUGCGGUGAGUUUUAGUAGGGAGGAGUGUUGUCCUCGGAACCAGGCAAACAGAGGCUGUCUCCAAAGGGGACGUCUGGCAUCCAGUUCCAGCUGGUGGCUGCCGUGGAGGACUGUGGGCCUGUCGUGGCCCGACCAUCUGGCUUUUCAAGAAAAUCCAGCAACUCAGACUUGGGUGCCAAACUUCCUGAUUUGUUAAUAGUGACAAUCGAUGCUUAAGUGAAAAAAUAGCGUUUAAGCUCGACAAGACAUGCCUGUGGCUAACUCACGGCCUUCUGUGCGUGCCU